CAUCACCAACAGCAUCAGUUUCGUCUUCUAGCUCCUGCUCUUCUCUACCGUUUCUCGCUGCUAAGCCGCUGUAUCCACGUUUAGUGCGAGAAAUCCGGUAAUCUGUGCAAAUCCACCAUGGCCGUUAUUUCGCUGUUACUGGUGUCCUGCCUGGCAUCCGCUGCUCUGGCUGCUGCCGUUCCCGCCACUUCGGGAACCUCGGAAGUACAGGCUGCCGCUGCCAAUGCUCAAACCACCGUCGAACAGCCGGUUGCUGCUGAGAGCGCGUACGGGUACAACAGCUACAACAAGUACAACUCCUACGGCAGCUCCGGCUAUGCUCCUCGCAGCUACGAUUCCGGCUACAGCAACUACGAAUCCUAUGGCACACCCUACGUGACACAGAGCUGCUACGGUCAAUACCCGGGAGUGACCGGAAAUGCCAAUUACGAUUGCAAAUCAUACUCCGUCUGCCAGGCUGAUGGCCGUCUGGACAUCCUCUACUGCCCACCGUACACCCGCUUCAACAACUACCUGGGAGUCUGUGAUUGGCAUUUCAAAGUCGACAGCUACUGCAACCCCAUCUACAAGGAGGAAUACAACUACAACUCGUACGACAACAAACAAUCCUACGGUUAUGACUCUUACAAGGCGCCCAGCUACGGAUCGAGCUACAACAGUUACGAUAACAAAUACAACAGCUACGACAACAAGCACAGCAGCAACUAUGACAGCUACGGUCAUGGUUAUGAGCACAAGAGCAACUAUGGCGGCAGCUAUGGAUCUGGCUAUGAUUCCUACGCUCCCAGCUAUGGACACCGAUCGUCCUACUCCAAGAAGUACUAAUUUAAUCCGACAGGUUUUAUACGGCUCCUGUAUCAUAGCUCGGUGAUGCUUUUUUGUACUUCAAGUUUUUAUAUUACACGAAUUUAUUGUGAACGCGCUGGAAACGGCUAAGCGUAAAAAGCAAAAGAAAAAAUCCGAAUUGCACUGUGAUCGAAUAAAGCGAACAUUACUGUA